AUGGAAGCUGGCAGUCCAGAAGACGAGGACCGCCUGGCACCUGCGCUCAAUGUGCAACGCCAGGUCCAUCUCCAGCACCACCAACCGCAACCUCUAGCUUCUCCUCCUCAGUACCCUCACCAGCUUCAUCGUCAACCCAACUUUGACUCCCACUACGACCAUCACGACUCCGACUUCGACCUCGAUUCCGAUUCCGAUCGUUACCAUCGUUCAUCCCAGACCCCCUCUCAGCAAUCUCAUCGCCAUUACAUCCCUAGCAGCCCCACUGCCAACGCCUUCGCUCUCGAGAAUUUGGAUGCCUCUGCCGCACACACGGCUGGGGCUUUCGCCGCCGCUGGUCAUGAUCACGAUUCAGUAAACCCGGAUGAAUUCUACCGAAGCUAUCGAGGCGUACAGUCGUCAGAUCAUCAUCGACGAACCCCUUCUUCAGAUUACGACUACAUGGCGACCUCAGUAUCUCGAGCUCGCGAGAACCCGGCCAUGCGGCCAAACGGCAAUGGCAAAGAUCCAAAGCACCCGCCGGCUCCCGCAGGCCGCACGCCCUUGCGCCCUUCGCAACGAUCUGCUUCUGCUCCUGUCGAACCCCCAAUUGGCGCCCCUAGAACAAACACAAAUCGCAAGCCGAGCGUCAAGGACUUAACCAAGAGAUUUGAUCAGCAGACCUCGUCCCCGGCUCCUUCGAUGCCCAGAAUCCCUGUGCGAGGCGUCCCUAUUCGACCGACCAGAGCCGCGACAAAUAUCGACAAAACUACACCUAGUGGAAGCGGGUCAACAUCGUACUCUACACUGAGGGCCUCGACGAACCGUGAACUGACACCUGAUACUAGCAGAGGAACGGCCACUCGAACACAACGAACGAGAUAUGUCGCCGAGGAUCAGUUGUCAAACAAUUCGCAAUCUUUCGCCAGUCGAAUCGCCAAGCCGCGGAAUACGACUUCAGCUACGGGCAUUGCACACGCAUCCAAAUCUAUGACAAACCUGCAGCACAAGUCACCUUCUUUACCACCCUCAUCUCCGAGAGCGCCCGGUCUGCUUUUCGGCGAAAUUCUUCCAGAACAGCGUGAUACCUCGGCCGUAGGAUUUGGAAUCGAGGGUUCGGGCUCACGGCCGCGGCGGACUUCAGAGUCCAGUAUACAUGUGGCUAAGCUCCACCAAAGGACGAAAUCCGAUCCUGACCUCGUCGAGCCGGCUUCCCCAACCGAUUGGUACCGAUCCGUAACAACACAGUCGAAUAGUUCAACAGGACGUUCGGCCCCCAAUGCUAGAGGUCAUGUUCGGGCACAUAGUGAUGUGGCCGCGUCAAAGGCUGGAGCGCCUUUGGUGAGAAAGGCUCUUGCAUCACGACCGAUGGCAGAGGUCGAGCAGUUUGACCGAGCAGCAUCACCUACAUCGCGCCUGCCCGUUUCUGUACGCAAGUUGGCCAACUCAAGCGACUCGAACAGUCCGCCGUCAACACGGGAAAGCUCUAGAGCUAACUCUCCGUCGACUUUCAAGCGCCCGCCGCCCGCAAGUAAGACAAGUCGGACAACUACACCUGUUAAUCGUGCCAAGACACCUACUCGAGCGAAAACACCUACGCAAGCGACGCCAGGACGGAAACCUGCGCCUCGAGGUCUUGUGACCCCGAAUAACAACACCCGUCUCACUGCAUAUGUGGCAGCACCACCUCCGAAGCUAUCUCCUCCACUGCGCAGUUCUCGACCUCGGCAAUCUGUAUCGACAGCCACCACGGCAAGUUCGCGCUUGAAAGCCGUUGACAGGUCCAAGUCGCCGCACAAGCCUGCACCAAAGCAGUCCCUGAAGCCUGAUGGAUCAACGACGAGAAGACGAAAGAUCUCUGUGGGCCCUAUCGACUUUGAGCAACGGCGCGAACACAUCAGACUAGCGUAUACUAAGUCUAUCCGCGAUAGUCAGGUGCGGGAUGCAAAACAGGCAGCGGCGCAACGCAAGAAGGACGAAGAAUCUGCUGCUGCUGAGGAGGAAGAGAUUCCGCCGGUCCCGCCGAUCGAAGCCGAAUCGCCUCCAGUGGAUCAUAGCGAAACCUUCGAGAAGCCGUUGGAGGAACUCUCUGCAGCACCGGAACCGUCGGUGCAGCCUCCAUCGCCUGCGCAGUCGCCUCAGCCACUAACCAUUUCGACGAUAUUGCCACCCAUCGUUUCCCUCUCUCCGCCUCAGCCUCAAGCUGCAGACUCCCCUACGCUCGGCAUCCCGGGCAGUUUCCCGGCCUUGAGCCCUCCUUUUGAGAGAGAGGAAGGAAUUCCGCAAUCCGCAAUCUCGGCCACUUCGGAGACUACCGAGUUCGAUAAUGAGCCACAGGAACUUCCACCUGUGCAGCUAGAGCCCGCGCAACCUCCUACUGGGCUCGGAUUGACGAUCGUUCAAGCCGACGGCAACCACGAGCAGGCUGAAUUGGAAGAAGUGCGACGUGCGCCAACCUUUGAGAAGAACGAGGCUGAGGAAAUUCAGCUACAAUUGUUGGCCGAGACUACCGAAGUCGAAGAGCAGCCCCCGCCGUCAGCGCCAGAGAAGGCUGAAGCCGAGGAAGAGCCUCGACCGCCUACGCCAGAAAAAGCGGAAUACCAGUACCCAUUCGAGGAUGAGUCCGCAGGGGACGACGCGGUUUCGAUCAAGAUCUCGUUGGAACCAACAUCUUCCCAUCAAUCGCCUGAACCGACCCCGACGAGAAGCGAGUUCGAUGAACCGGUGGUUCCUGGUGCAUUUGCCAGCUCGCGGCCGAUGUCUGAAUACGAGCCGAUUCCUUUCUCGAGCCCGCCAUACGAAACAACAGUCAAAAUCCUCAGGCGGGAAUCUGAAUAUGACUCUCCUAGACAGGAAACAAUUCCUUUCCCAAGAAUGGAGUCGUAUGAUGACUUUGACGAUCAGAGUCAAAUGGGGGAUAUGGAUGGGUCCGUGUGUGAUGUGUCUUACUUCCACCACAAUACGGAGAAGGAUUUGGGAUCAGCAAGCGACACCCUCGAGAAGCCUGAAGACUUCUACCAUGAGCACCACAAGGAUAACGAUUCGUCUCAACGAGCAUCUACUUGCGAGUCCUCUGAUCCGCAAGAUGAUCCUCAUAAAACGAGCCUCGAAAGCCAGCAAACUCCCGAUACGUCCCGCAGCCUAACGGUUCCCUCCAUGCAUGCGACUGUGAACCGGACCAGCCAGCAAUCCGCAUGGACUGAUUUCUCGGUCGACAGUGACGAACCCAUCCAUCACAGGAUCUCGGCCUUUGACGAUGUCCUCCCAAUCCCCAAGCCGCCCUAUGCAUCCGAGUCGGCUUUUGGGUCGGGCUCUAGCAGAGACUCGUCCGCCCGACAGAGUGAACUUUACAGCCCUGACUUUGCGCCAUCGGAUACAGCAGCCGUUCAGCCGUCCCAACGUGCGACCAUUCAUCAGCUGCCGGAGUUGGAUACUGGAGAUGGUUUCUCGGUUCCUUACAUUGAUGAGAGUCACUUCCCAGCCCGCAAGGUAGAUCCUACCUUGCCGCGGCCAGAACAUGAGCCCCCACCAGUCCCUGCGUCUACACGAGUCCGCGACAGGCGAACAGCAGCUAGCAGCAUCUACGCAGACACACUUCCUGGAAGCACCCUUGCGGGCUCUUCUCGGCGUCAGAGCGAAGAUGCAUCGCGCCCCGUCUCAACCACCCAAUCCAUCGACCACAUGUCGAUUGAAACCAGGGAGUAUUCUCUUGGCGGCCAGACUCCUGUCGAGUCGAUAGCAACACCCAGUCAGAAAGACGGACCGAUCGGAAAAGAGAAGCACCGCCUAGUGCAACGACGCAAUGUGAUCAGAGAACUCGUCGACACCGAGAUGGUCUUCGUAAGAGACAUGAAUAUUGUGGAAGAGAUCUACAAGGGCACCGCUGAAGCUUGUCCACGACUGGAUGACAAAACCAUCAAGCUCAUUUUCAGAAACACAGACGAGAUUAUCACCUUCCACACCAUGUUCUGUGCUCAGCUUAAGGAAGCUGUCUGCACUGUCUACGUACCCCACGGUAGGCGUUCCCCUUUGCCGAAGGAGGACUCGGUUGCUUCGGAACAGACUGGGAACUCGUCCACGAAUCAAGUGGCGCCAGAACUCGGUGACGACAACGAUAGAGCCACGUCGCUGGGUCCUCUCUUCAAGAAGCAUAUUGAACAGAUGAGGCUGGCGCAUGAGGGCUUCCUCAGAAACAGCGACCAUGCGGCCAAACGCUUGAUCCAAAUCCAGCAAGAUCCCACUGUAAAGGUCUGGCUCAAUGAGUGUAAUGAAGUGGCCAAGGACCUGACUGCAGCCUGGGACCUGGACUCUCUUCUCAUCAAGCCCAUGCAGCGAAUCACCAAGUAUCCUAAUCUCAUCCAAGAGCUUCUGCGACACACGCCCGAGGAUCAUCCGGAUCGAGCCGAGCUGUUGUCAGCCAAGGAAACCCUGGAGUUGGCAAUUGUCGAGAUUAACAAGACGAAGAAGAAUUUCGAGCUUGUUGGGCAAAUUGUUGGCCGCAAGAGGAAGGAAUCCGAUGUCAAGGCUGGAUUUGCCCGAGCCUUUGGCAAACGUGUCGAUAAACUUCAGGCUGCAAGCUCGAAGAUUCCCGAAGAUGCUGUAUACGCCAAGCUCCAUGAGAAAUUUGGCGACGACUACCUUCGGCUACAAGUUGUUCUCAGAGAUGUGGAGUUCUACACCCGACAGGUCAGCGCCUACGUGCAUGAGUUCUUGCAGUACCUGUCCGCCAUGGAGCUUGUGAUGCGUCUCCAACCUGGUAGCUAUCCGGAGCUGGAGAGUAAAUGGGUGCAAUUCAAUGUUUCGAUGAGAGAUAUUGAGAAGAUUGCCCUAGAAGAUCAUCUCCAGCAGGUUCGCAAGCAUGUCAUUGAGCCAUUCGAGCAUGUGAUCAAAGCAUAUGGUAACCCCUCGUUGGCUAUGAAGAAACGUGCGAAGAGACGGCUUGACUAUGAGAGGGCAGAACAAAUCAAGAAAGGUGGAAAGACGGUAGACGCCAGACUUAAGGAAUUGGUGGAACAGUACGACGCCCUCAACGAGACCCUUAAGAAGGAGCUACCCCAGUUGUCUGCCUUAACAGAGAGGAUUGGAAACAUUUGUCUGGGCAAUUUCGUCAACAUUCAGGCGAACUGGUACUCCAUCUGGGUGGAAAAGGUCAAGAAGGUCACCGGAGAGACGGGGCCGCCACCAGAGGUUCCCGACAUUGUCUCUGCCUUCCAAAGGGAUUAUAAGUACGCGCAGGAACUCUUUGCCAAUGUCGGGAUCCUGAACCCUGCAUACAGAGGAAGGACAUCGCAGUCUACUACAGCUAGCACCGACGAUGUCACGACCAAGCACCGACCCCGGCCAGCUGAGAUACAAUCUCCGCGAGCCAGAGGCCUGUCAGUCAACGGAGACCAUGCCCCGAUGUUGCCGACACCAGACUUUGCCAAGCGCCACAGCGGCCAGUUCACUCUGUCGCCAAGCACUACACCACUUAGCCCCCAUCAGUUCCACUACCGAGACUACUACGCCGGUGCAACUGCUCAGCGGCCUUCAGUGUCUGCCUCUCCAGUUACGGGUGACCAAUCACCUGUGCCCCGUGCAAUUGCUCCACCGCCCAGCACUCGACCUGGCACUGGUCGAAGCUACGAAACGAAUGGUCUCCCGAGACAGAGCUCAGAGUCGGCGUCAAAUAACAGAAGAGACUCCAAUCCAUCACAUCAGUCCCAGCAUGCGGGCAAUGAAUCCAGGCGCUUCUCUGGCCUGUUCCAUUCAGCACUGCCAAUGCCCGAUGGAGUCGAGGAAGGCCAAAGAUCCUCACGCGCAUCGUCACGUGAGCGCACCCCAGCUGGGAAUGGAUAUAACAUUCUUUGGCUGGCUGCAUCGUUAUUCGAGUUCAAUAUUGAAACAACAAAGCACGAGGCUGGCUACCCGUAUCUUACGUACCAAGCCGGUGAGAUCUUUGAUGUUAUUGCUGAGAAGGGCGAGCUAUGGCUUGCCAAAAACCAAGAUGACCCUGACGAUCAAGUCGGUUGGAUCUGGUCCAAGCACUUUGCGAAACUGGCCGAUUCAUAG